AUGUCUGAUCAACCAAGAAGCAGUUACGCUGGCGUUAUUGCGGAUGCCCAGCAAACCGUGACACUCACCGAGACGAUUAUAUCCCUAGUCGGUAAUUAUGUUUCGACCACCUAUAAAAAUAAACGCGCGACCGAGGAAUUCCGUGAAAGGUUAGGAGAGUGGGCCGACGAGGCUCUUGAUCCAGACCGCAAUGGAAAAUGGCGGCAGCCAUGCCUCCGUAUUGAAAAGUUUGAGAAACACAUGAUCCAACAUGACGGGCAAUUUAAACCGAGCGGGAAGUGCACAUCUUCCUUUGCCUGGGCGCAAUUGCUUUACGCACUUGAUAUCCGACCUGGAAACAAUAUUGUUGAAUGGAAGACGAUAAGCAUAACUGCCCCCGACCCUGUCGAAUCCGGCCAAAUAUCGCUCGAGGUGGACGGGAGUGUUCUUUGUCAUAUUGUCAACCUCUUCCGGUAUUAUAGCGAUCCCGAUCCAAAUGAGUUUGAAAGACCCCUCGCACGGGUUGAUCUUGGAUUUGGCAAGUUAGUCGUCAAGCCCGAAAAUAACGAGGUUGAAGAGAACCAGUUGGGGGUAUAA